UUUACGUCACGACGUGUUGACGCAGCGUUGGCUGUGGAGGCGACUGUGCUUCCCUAACAGUAAUUUUCUUACAACUAUUUUUUCAGUAUUUUUAAUCGCAUUGUGAAUGACAGUCCGUGUAGGACAGAGAUACCUUUCAUGUAGUGUAAACCUUCGAAGAAUCGACUCCAUGGAGGUCGUAGACAGCCCGCUCAACCUCGCUCAUCAGCAGUGCAGGAAGGCAGACCGUUUGGUAGCGGCUGGAAAGUAUGAAGAGGCCAUCUCCUGCCACGGAAAAGCAGCAGAUCUUUUGACAGACGCAAUGAAGAAGACAGAGUGUGAGCAGGCUCGUCUGUCCAUGGAGCUGCAGAGGGACAGUCAUAUCAAACAGCAGCGGCUGAUCCAAGAGCGCUGGAAGAGAGAAGCUCGUCGUGAAGCAACGAAGGCCCGACCUGGCGCAGUGCAGCCUUCCAGCAGUCCAGCCCUCCUUACCCACACCCAGGCCACAGGCCAGCUCCUGCCCCACGGCUCCCCAGGCCUUUCGGCUGCAGAGUGUGGAGGAGUCAGGGAGAGAGAGUAUGACACCUUACUCUACCAGCUUCAGACUCGGCAGACUGGAGGCUGCCAGCCUUUGCCUCCACCGUGCCCUGGAUCUAAGACCACCAAAGAUGACAAAACUCGCCUGGAAGAACAACAAACGACCAUCGAGGACCUGCGGCGCCUGGUCGACCACCUGAUGAAUGAAAACCAGCGCCUGGCGACUGAGAACGAGCGGCUGCGUUCGGAAAACAACCGGCUGCGCUCUGAGGCGGCGGAGGCAGCAGACUUCGUGGAGCGUUCAGAGCUCUGGGUGCUCCCGCAAGCGGGUGGUGCUAUGGGAACAGGGGGGGGUCAGGAGAAGAAAAGCACAGGGAAGGGGAAGGAGAUUGCAAUUCCCCAACUGCCCCCACUGGAGAUGCCAGCUCAGGAAGACCUGUGUCUGGAUGACCUUCCUCCUCUGGAGCUGCCAGAGGACAUCCAGAAUGAACUACAGGAGCUACUGGAUAGGGAUAAACUGUGAUAAGACAGAUGUCAUACACAGACAGACACACACACACUCACACACACACACUCACACACACUCACACUCACACACUCACACACUCACACACAAGGGUUCAGCCAGUAUGGCUUGUGAGAUCAGAUGCUACAUGCGCUGCCUGUCUGCGGCCUGUCCUGCUCUGGCAGGUGCAACAAACUAACCAGUGAUGGAACCAUCAGUCAGGUUCAUAUAGUCAGAGGAGAGGUCGAAUCAUUGAUAACAGCUGCACCACUAAUACAAUCUAGAUUAAAGACAAAGGUAGGGUUCACCCAGAAAUAAUGUCAGUGUGAAUGUCAGUGAGGUUGUGUGUCAGUGUGUCGUACAGUGAGCUCUGUGUAAACCUUCAGGAGAGUAACUGAAGCUGUCAGGAACAUGUUUUGCAGAUGGCGUGUCAAAGUGACCUUGCCCUUAAAAGACGUAAUUUGACAAAAUCAUUCUCACAGAUCUUCCUCUGCAUUAUCACAUCAACAUCCAUGUUUGUGUCAUUUGAUGACAGCUGAGCUCAGACUAUGACAACUGAGCAAACAACGUGACAUGCAGUUAAUGACGUAAACACUGUUUGAGUACUUUAAUGUGAAAUAUGGAGAUUUAUCAUAUAUUCUGCGAGUGUCUGGAAAAAGCCAUAAAAUAAGUGUUCUGAAGCUAAAUGAUAAUGAUUUUAUACGUAAGUCAAACAUUAGUACAAACGUGCGUGUGUGUGAUCUGAAUGAUAAAAACAAUAAAGACAUGGAUGUGUAUGCUUUAGUGUCACUGUAGUUUAGCCAGCCAAUGAUUGAUUAGUGGAAAAUGAUUACUAGUUGACUAUUUGAUUUAGUAAAUAUUAAAUAAGCAACAGCAUUAAUUUGUCUUUAUAUUACAUUGCUGGAUGUUUCAUAAUAUGUGUUAUUACAAAUGUGUGAUUUUGAGUCACUUUUUUUUUUUUAUUCUGUUGUUUCCUUUUGCUUGUGUAUGAGAAACAUCAGCGUGAAGUUUGCCUGAAACUCUAUAGAAUGAAAUGUCCUUUGUUAAAAUUGUCUGACAUGAUUAGUGUCUGGUCUAUGAAAUAAUGUUCUUCCAGGAAUUUGGGGGGAUAAUCAUGUACUCCAAUCAUUUGGUUUCAGAACACUUACUAAGCUGCACUAGCAGCAGAACAUGUGUGUUUGUUACUGUCUGCGCUCUGGUGCUCUAUCAGAACAUGUUCCUAGGAUCCUCAGUUGUCAUGCUGGGAUGAAGCAGCAUCAUCACACUCACUGCAUGUUACACUGACACACAAACUCCACACUGUUUGAGCUUGCAUGAGGAUGAGUGGGUGAUGACCACAUGUUGAAUCUGGGGAUGAACUGCUCCUUAAAGGGGAUCAGCACUAACUUGACCACCUAUUUACAGUGUCAGCAGCAUUGCUCCAACCCUACCACACACACAUCAGGAUUAUGUGCAGCAUGAUUCAGUCACAGAGCAUAUUGCUGUUGUUGAGGAAAAACUACAUUGCUGCCUUUUUUAUUUUUUUGAGCAGAUUUAAAUUAAAGGCUUUAAUGAUUA